CAGUUUAUUCGUUCAAAAGAGCUAACGUUAGCGUUAAUUUAGCUGACAACUUUUGCAUCGUGAUAACAGAUUGAACCUGUCUUGCUUCUUAAUUACCUUUUCCAGCCAGCUGCUCAUCGGCUGUAAAUGUAACCGCUACUUUCAAUGUAAAUUAACCUUCUGUGUCGCUUUUCCUUAACAGGAACCUAACGUUACAAUCUGUAACUAACGCUAUCUGGGAAUAUAACAUUAUUCAAGGUUACUCCUCAUCCCUAACUUUAGUCCCGAAUCAACAUGAGUGAUCCUUGGCAAGAGUGCAUGGAUCACUGUGUGGAGGUCACCAAAAAGGCUGGGAGGAUGAUCCGCGAGGCGCUCCAGAAAGACAUCACCGUCAUGCACAAGAGCUCACCAGUUGACCUGGUGACUGAGACGGACCAGAAAGUGGAACAGCUCAUUAUCGCCUCCAUCAAGGAAAAAUACCCCACUCAUAGCUUCAUAGGUGAGGAGUCAGUAGCAGCAGGCGCUCCCAGUGUUCUAACGGACAAUCCUACAUGGAUCAUCGACCCUAUUGAUGGUACCACCAACUUUGUUCACAGGUUCCCAUUUGUGUCUGUAUCAAUUGGCUUCACUGUGAAGAAAGAGAUAGAGUUUGGGGUUGUCUACAGCUGCAUCGAGGACAAAAUGUACACAGCACGGAAAGGGAAUGGGGCAUUCUGCAAUGGAGACCCGAUUAAAGUGUCAGGACAAGAAGAUAUAAGCCAAUCUCUGGUACUAACAGAAAUGGGCUUCAGGAAGAAUCCGGAGCAUUUCAAAACAAUGUUGGCCAACAUCAAGACCAUCCUCACCAUCCCUGUGCAUGGUAUCCGCUCCCCAGGCAGUGCAGCUGUCAACAUGUGUUUGGUAGCGUGCGGAUCGGCUGAUGCUUACUACCACAUGGGCAUCCACUGCUGGGACAUGGCUGGAGGGGCAGCGGUUGUUACUGAAGCUGGAGGAGUUAUCAUGGACAUUUCAGGUGGACCGUUUGAUCUGAUGUCCCGGAGGCUGAUCAUCGCCAGCAGCAGAGCUAUAGCAGAACGCAUCGCUAAGGAGAUAACCGAGUUUCACGUCGGGAGGGACGACACAGUUGGCGAGUAAAUUUCCAUCAAUACUUCUACCAACUUUUCAGAUAUUAAAUCACCUGUCUGACUCCAUUUACUGUAAGAAGUCACAAUUCCGUCUUUGCCUUAAUAAUAAUAAUAAUAAUAAUAAUAAUAAUAAUAAUAAUAAUAAGAACCAAAACAAUACACUUACCUCUCAAUAACUAUACACUGAAGUUUGUUAGUCAGCCUUUAAGACUUUCAGCCUUAUUUCUGCUUUCUUUACAAGUCAUUGUUGUGAUUGUGUACUUUUACAGAUUCAGACUUUUUAUUCUGCUGUAACUCAAUGAUAUUGUUUGUGAUGAGGGUAUUAUGCCAUUAUUUAUUCUUUAUAUUAGGACUGGGUCAUAUGUCCAAAUCUUCUUGGUAACGAUAUAUAUCACAAGCAGGUUUCCUGAUAGUUCAAUAAAUAAAUAAAUUGUCUAGAUGAAAAUAACCACAUGGUAAAGCCUAUUUUGUACACUCCUGUGGGAAUUAUAUACUGAGAAAUGAUGAGUAUUUUCUCAUUUUAUUAGGAACUUCAGUGCAAAAAAAAAAACAUAAUGUGCAAGGAUCCGAGCGUAAAGCGCCGUCCGAAUUACGUAAAUAUUGUCGUUACACUGUUCAGCCGUUUUUCCUUUUUUUUUUUCAACGUAUAGAAACGCAAUAGAAAUGAUACAUAUGAUGGAUCACGCUGCAUAUUGUCAUAUCCCUCAGCACUUAUCUGUAAUUAGUAAUGUGGACAAUGCAGAACAAGACUAAGGAAUUUCAGUCUCACAGCACAACACAAAACGUCACUUCCGAGUAGACAGCUGAAAACAGAAGUUGAUUUAAAAUUUUUGAGAUAUGUAAUGUAGGCCAACUUGUUCAUUUCUGUGUUAAUUUUCAGCCGUAACUGUAAUAUUUAAAGAAAUGCAGUAUAUAGUUGAACACGGUGGUCCGGCCUAUCUGACGUUUUUGCUGUGCUUAUUUUCUGUACUGUGUUUCUUUGCUAUCGUCUUUGACUAAUCUAGUGUUACGAACAACGACAACUCACCACCGGUCGCACUAACUUUCAGUGGUGUCAUUUCCUUUAGUCUGUGGCCCAACCGGUAAACUAGGUCUCCAAGCUAAUGUUAGUGAAAAUGUUGACAUGAAAGAAUUUAAGAUGCACAAAAAGGAAGAAGGAUUAUGACCAAGAAAGUCAUAGAAAAUCAUGUCCAGGCACUCAAGGCUGGUUACAAAAAGUGGUAAAAGGCCUUUAAUAAAUAGGGCAAGACAAUAAAAAUACCCCAACGCGUGUAGGCUUGAGCCUUCCUCAGGGUGUGGUAUGUGUAUGAAUUUUAGAUGAUUGAGAUUAUAUCCAGUUGUUCCUUGCUCCCGUUU